AUGACGGUCGAACCGGUCCUUUCAUCUCCACGGGGCCAUCGUCGUCCUGCACGCGAGAAGGACGCGAAGGCUCUUGAGUUUAUCGAAGAGAUGACCCGGAACUGUGACUCCGUUCAAGAGAGGGUUCUGGGCGAGAUACUGAGUGGGAACUCGGACACCGAAUAUCUCCAGCGAUUCCAACUCAGUGGCAAAACAGAUAGAGAUGCGUUCAAAGCCAAAGUGCCCGUCGUCACGUACGAGGAUUUGGAGCCUGAGAUUCGACGUAUCGCCAAUGGCGACCGCUCCAAAAUCUUGUCCUCUCGCCCCAUCUCUGAGUUCCUCACCAGCUCUGGAACUUCAGCCGGAGAGAGAAAGCUCAUGCCUACCAUUGAAGAAGAGUGGAAUCGCCGCCAGCUACUCUACAGCCUCCUCAUGCCCGUAAUGAACCUUUAUGUCCCAGGCUUGGACAAAGGUAAGGCACUCUACUUCCUCUUCGUGAAAGCAGAGACGAAAACCCCAGGAGGCCUCUUGGCGCGCCCCGUGCUCACGAGCUACUACAAAAGCGACCACUUCAGGACGAGGCCGCACGACCCCUUCAACGUCUACACUAGCCCAAACGAGGCGAUCCUCUGUCCGGACACCUUCCAGAGCAUGUACGCCCAAAUGCUGUGCGGCCUGAUCAUGCACCAUGAGGUCCUCCGUGUCGGCGCCGUGUUCGCAUCUGGCCUGAUCCGGGCCAUCCGAUUCCUCCAGCUCAAUUGGAAGCUCUUGGCUCACGACAUUGAGACCGGGGCCCUAAACCCUCGGAUCACCAACCCUGCAAUCCGCUGGUGCUUGGAGGAGAGACUGAGACCAGAUCGAGGGCUCGCCGAGUUUAUCCAGACGCAGUGCGAGGGACAAGCUUGGGAGGGAAUCAUCACCAGGAUUUGGCCAAAUACCAAGUACUUAGAUGUGAUUGUGACCGGCGCUAUGGCUCAAUACAUUCCCACGUUGGACUACUAUAGUCGAGGGUUGCCUCUAGCAUGCACAAUGUAUGCUUCUUCAGAGUGCUACUUUGGGCUCAACCUGAACCCAAUUUGCAAGCCAUCCGAGGUCUCUUAUACGAUCAUGCCCAACAUGGGCUACUUCGAGUUCGCGCCCCACGACCUGCAGGCCCCGGCAUAUCCCUCUCAAGACUCGCCGCCAUGGCUGGUGGACUUGACUAACGUGGAAGUCGGGAAAGAGUACGAGCUCGUUGUCACAACCUAUUCGGGACUUUGCCGUUACAGGGUAGGGGAUAUCCUCAGGGUCACUGGGUUCCACAACUCGGCCCCGCAGUUCCGCUUUGUAAAGAGGAGGAACGUGCUGCUCAGCAUCGACUCGGACAAGACCGACGAGGCAGAGCUGCAGGGCGCCGUCGAGAGUGCGUCAAGGUUGCUGUGUGAGUCCAACACGAGUGUGGUUGAGUACACAAGCUAUGCGGAUACCGCGACGAUGCCAGGGCACUACGUGAUCUAUUGGGAAUUGCUGGGGAAACACGAAGAAAAUGGGCCAAACCAUGAAGUACUGGAUCAAUGUUGCCUCGCAAUGGAAGAGACACUCAACUCGGUGUAUCGACAGUGCCGGGUCACAGACAACUCGAUCGGACCGCUAGAGAUUCGUGUAGUCAAGACCGGCUCAUUCGAGGAACUCAUGGACUAUGCCAUCUCCAGGGGUGCAUCCAUUAAUCAGUAUAAGGUUCCAAGGUGCGUGAGCUUCGCGCCGAUUGUUAAGCUUCUUGAUUCUAGGGUGGUUUCAGCGCAUUUUAGCCCGAGGGCACCGAGCUGGACCCCGGAAAGACGCCAUUGA